AUGAGCCUGCCGCGCGCGGCGUGGCCCGAGGGCGGGCGCGAGCCGGAGCCUCCGCUGGGGCCGCCGGGCGGCUGCGGGUUCGCCCCGGGCUGGCUCGGCGUGUGCUGCGCCGCGCGCCUGCCCGCCGCCUCGCCGCGAUACCUGCUGCCCGGCGAGGAGGAGGAGGACGACGACGAGGAGGAGAGGGGCAGCGCGUCGCGGGGCGGCGGCGGGGCGCGGGGCGGUGGCCGGGCGCGGGGCGGCGGCGGGGCGCAGGUGAGCGGCGUGCAGAAGCAGCGGCGGCUGGCGGCCAACGCGCGGGAGCGGCGGCGGAUGCACGGGCUGAACCAUGCGUUCGACCAGCUGCGCAACGUCAUCCCUUCGUUCAACAACGACAAGAAGCUCUCCAAGUACGAGACGCUGCAGAUGGCGCAGAUCUACAUCAGCGCCCUGGCCGAGCUGCUGCACGGCCCCGACGCCGCCGAAGCCCCCGGUAAAACCGAGCACCGCGGGGCCGCCUCCGCCUUCGAGCCGCCCUGCGCAGCCCCGGGGCCGCCGCCGGGACCGCCCCCGCCGCAGCCCGGCCCGCCGAGAGCCUCCCCCCCCGGGCACGGCAGGACUCGCUUCGCCCCGCCGCCCGUGCCGCUCGACCCGCUGCGCUUCCCGUCCUUCGCGGGGCAGAGAGCGCCUUCCCCCGCCCUGUUGGUGCCGCAGCCCGGGCAGCCGCCGCAGGAGAGGAGCAAAACGUCGCCCCGGUCCCACAGGAGCGACGGGGAGUUCUCGCCCCGCUCCCACUACAGCGACUCGGACGAGGCCAGCUAGGGCGGGGGGCGCCGUCCCCAGCGCCCCUCGGAGCACGGACUCGGGUCCCCUCGGUCGCCUUUGAAAUCCGCCCCCUUUUCGCCCACCCCCGGCGAUUCCCGGGUUUGCCCGGGGAAUGGCUGUUAGCGGGGCACUGCGCCCUCCCCGUCUGUCAGGGUCGGUUGGGGGCUUUUAUUAUGAUUAUUUCCUUUUAUAGUGACCACUGUUAAAGUUUCUUUUGCCUAGAAGUCGUUGUUCCCUCCUGCCAACACGCCACCUCGCAGCGCGGAGCCGCUGACACCGAUCCGAUCCUGCCCUGGGUCGUAUUGCCGUGUGAAAAAAAGAAAAAAAAAAAAUCACACACACAAAUGUAAAUAACGCACCGUCUGGUCCUGUAAAUAGCGGAGAGCAGGUGGAUUUUCCUUAGCGCACCAUAUCGGCGUCUUUGGGGGGGAAAACUUGGCGCAAGCACUUUAUCAGCGGCUGGAGAUGCGGUUUCAAGAGGAAAGCUACUGAAUAACUGCCAAUUGGGGACCGAUAUUUAAUUAAGCCACUUAAUCCUAACGCGCUCUUAAAAAGGAAAACAGUUUUGUCGUGUCAAACUUUUAUGUCCGUUUUAAUUUGCUUUUGUGAUAAUAGGAAACGUAUUUAUUAUGGAGUGUUUGCAACUAUAUCUGCUUCUUUUUAUUUUAAGAAAACCAACUUUUCUACCACGAGAAUCGUUUUAUUUUUAUUUUAGC